AUGGCGUUGUGUGCUGCUGCAAUCAAUCCCAUUAACAAGAAGCUGCAGUUGAUGAAGGAAUAUGGAGAUCACCGGGAUACCGAUUGGAUUAGGGGACCGCUUUUGGGAGAAGGGACCUACGGAUGCGUUUACAAGGCCAUUCUCAACUCUCCCAUGUCCCCUCUCAUAGCUGUCAAAACCGAAAAGUCGUCUCUUUCAAAAACGCUUCGCAAAGAGUUUGAGAUUUUGUUUCGUCUGUACGAGUGCCCGAAUGUGAUCCGCUGCCUUGGGUACCACACGACGAGGGAUUACAAGGGCAGCUUGGUUUCUAAUUUGUUGUUGGAGUAUGCAUCGGGAGGGUCCCUGCACGACGUGAUCGAAAAAUCGAGCGGUGGGCUACCCGAAAUGGAGGUGAGGACACACACGAGGUCCAUUCUGAGAGCUCUCCGUCACAUUCACGGCCUCGGCUACGUGCACUGUGACUUGAAGCCCGAGAACGUGCUUCUAAUGGCCGACGACGACGGCAAGAAUUUCACGGCCAAAAUAAGUGAUUUUGGGCUGUCGAAAGCGAGGGGGACAGUGCCGUAUCCGAGAGGUUCGCCUGCGUAUUUAUCGCCUGAGGCCGUGCAUUUCGAGACGCAGGAGGAGCCUGCCGACGUGUGGGCGCUCGGGUGUAUUGUGCUCGAGAUGUUUGUCGGACGGGAGAAUUCGUGGGCAGGGACAAAGGAGGAAAUUCUUGAGAGAACAGGGGUAGAAAGGGAAUGGCGGGACAGGAUUUCGGAGGAUGCAAGAGAUUUUAUGAGGUGCUGUUUUGAGGGUGAUCCAGGUCAAAGGCCCACUGUCGAGCUGCUGUUGCUGCAUCCCUUUGUCGACGAUUACGCCAAACUUGUGUUUUCGUCGGCUAAAGGCGGUGUUGAAGAUGAUGUUUAUGGUUUUAGUUUUCAUUUCGAUUUUGAUGACAACUAG